CCGUUCACCUGUCAUUCUCGGCGGCGUGUUUUGCAAGCGGUUUGAAUGUUUACGUCGCGGUUCGUGUGGUUGCUUCAAACAAAAAGUGUGUAGGAUAGGAACGCAACGAAAAACCAUGGAUUCCGGGCUUUCGAGUCGCAAUAGCACACUGGGUAACCAGCACUCCCGUUCGUACAUGAAGCAGGAAAAUGCCAAACAACAACGCCACUCGCUACCCAUCUACUCGGUGCGCAAAUCCUUGAUGGAAAUGGUGCGAAAGUCUACCACCAUAAUCGUGCUCGGGGAAACGGGCAGCGGUAAAACCACCCAGAUGCCACAGUUUAUCUACGAAGCGGGACUGAACGGAGACAAAACGAUUGCCGUCACGCAGCCUCGGCGUGUGGCCGCUAUUACCGUGGCGAAGUGGGUUGCAAUGGAGAUGGGCACGAAUCUGGGAGACGUUGUAGGUUACACGGUGCGGUUUGAGGACAUGACAUCGCAAAACACACAGAUCAAAUACAUGACCGAUGGUAUUCUAUGCCGCGAAGCACUCUCCGACCGACAGCUACGCAACUACAACGUGAUCAUACUGGACGAGGUGCACGAGCGCACCGUUGCGACGGAUGUGCUGCUGGGAGUGGUGAAAAAGGCACAACAAAUACGAGCCCUGAAGCGUAUGCCUCCGCUAAAGGUCAUUAUCAUGUCGGCCACGAUGGAUUGUGAUCAUUUUGCGAACUACUUCAACGACUGUCCGAUCGUGUAUCUGCAAGGCCGUACGUACCAGGUGAAGGUUUACCAGAUGGUCGAGAAAAUGCACUACAUUGAGGCGUGUUUGAAGACGGUGGUGGAAAUACAUCAAACGCAGCCGGCCGGAGAUAUAUUGGUGUUCCUCACGGGACAGGAAGAGAUCGACGCAACCGUUAACAAGAUGCGGCGUUUAGCAAAGAGCUUUUCGUCCGAUCUUCCAAAACUGGCAGUUUACCCAAUGUACGCUGCUUUGCCACAAACGCAACAGCUGGACGUUUUCAAUCCCGCUGCAUCCAACGUUCGGAAGGUUAUAUUUGCAACCAACAUCGCCGAAACAUCGAUUACUAUUAACGGCAUCCGCUACGUAGUGGAUUGUGGACGGGCGAAGGUGCGUUCGUACGAUCCCAUCACCGGGAUGGACAUGCUGAAGGUGGCCUGGAUAUCGCAAGCACAAGCUCACCAGCGCACCGGACGAGCGGGUCGUAUAAACGACGGAGUGUGCUUCCGAACGUACUCCAAGGAGGCGUACGAGCAUUUGGACAAGAUGACAGCACCGGAAAUACUACGCUGCAAUCUGUCCGCCACCAUCCUCAACCUGCUCGUGAUGGGUGUCAACUACAAGGAGUUUGACUUCAUAGACAAGCCACCGGAAGAGGCGAUCGUCGGUGCAUUGCUUGAGCUGAAAGCAUUAAAUGCCAUCUCCUCGGUAGAGAAUCCCAUACUGACCGCCCUCGGUGGCAAGAUGGCACGCUUUCCGCUCGAUCCAAAGUACUCCAAGAUGCUGCUUUCGGCACCGAAGUUCGGUUGCCUGGAAGAGAUGCUGACGAUCAUUGCGAUGCUCUCGGGAGAGAACAUCUUUACCAACAGUGCACAAAAGCGGGAACAGAUGCUGAUCGCACACUCGAAGUUUUACGACAAAUCGGGCGAUCACAUUACGCUGUUGAAUGUGUUCAACGAGUUUAAGACGAAAACGAAACCCAAGAUGUGGUGCUUCGACAAUUUCCUGCACGAGCGCAACCUUACCCACGCAGCCUCGAUCCGCGAACAGUUGAGCGAAAUAUGCAAGGCGCUCGAUAUUCCUAGCAGCUCGUGCGGAAACGAUUCGAUACCGGUCGCCAAAUGUUUGCUGACGGGACUGUUUGCCAAUAUUGCCACCAAGCAACCGGACCAUCUCUACCUAACGUCGACCAGUGGGCUGAAGGCUCGCAUUCAUCCCUCGAGUUCGGUUUGCGGCAAACUGCGGCCGCCGGUUGUGAUCUACACGGAGCUGGUAGCGACGCGGCUGAACUAUCUGCGGAACGUGACCGAAAUCGAUCCGGCUUGGAUCGAUGAAGUGGUGCCAAAUUUGAAUUUACGCCAAACGAAGGGCUUCAACGAACACAACUACCGAGCGUUUCAAUCACACAAAUGAAUACUGCGGAAGUAUUCUUUAGGCUAGCGAAAAUUUAUUUACCAGCUAAGUAGAACGAUGCAAUGCGAACCAACUACGCCCGUAUCUUUUGAUGUUCCGUACUUAGUUUAACUAAGUUGUACAUUUUAUACACAUCUUUGAGCAUUUUUUUGUCUGUAAAAUACAUUUUUUCGGGAAAAGUUUGUAAAAA